UUUAGCACCAGCCACAAAGUACGGAGGCAGACAAGGGAGAGGGAAGUGAGCUCCCAAAUCCCACCAAACUCUCCCUCCUUCCCUCCCUCAAUCAUCACCAACCUGACCAGACCAAGGAACAAAAAGAACCAAAACAAACAUGGCUCCUGCCCCAACUUCAUCCGAUUGAUGUUUUCCUGAUGCUUGAUACCGCAAGCAGUACUUGUUUGAAGUGCGGGAUUUUUGGCGUUCCACAGCUUCUUAAGAGAGCACAACCAUCGUACAUCACACAAACAUGGAGUACCUUUUCUCCUUCACUUUUCUACCCCGAACACUGUGCUCAUUAUAAGAACAGUAUAAGCGGAGGUCUUAGAAGUUCCAUGUCCUUGACACAAGUCAUCAAAAAAACAGAGAGGAACCCGGACAUGGAGGAAUGCUUACCAGACCUUCCUGUUCCAUCUUCAUAUGAAAAAGCUAUGGAAGCACUUUCUUCUCUCAUUACACGCCAGAAACGUGGAGGCAACUCAUCUUUAGGUGGUACAUAUGGAAAAUUGGAGAGGAUGUCGAUGUACCUCAAGAUUCUUGGUUUGGAGGAAAAAAUUAACGAUCUCAAGAUUAUCCAUAUUGCUGGAACAAAAGGAAAGGGUUCAACUUGCACAUUCUGUGAAGCUAUUUUACGGGAGUGUGGCUUUCAAACUGGACUUUUUACCUCCCCUCAUCUCAUUGAUGUUAGAGAAAGAAUUCGUAUCAAUGG